UUUGUGAGAUGCUGUUGUGUUUCUAGUUGUCUUUCAGCAUCUGUUCUUCACUAGAUCUACUAAAUCAAGAUGCUGUUGAUCAUUAAAGCUCUUCUCUUUUUAGCUGCUCUAGGACAGGUAAGCUUGUGAUCUGGUUGAAUAUUACAGACAUUAAUACUGAUCAUGUGAUCAUUAUGGUUCGUGUUGCUGCAGGAUCACAGAGCUGCUGCUGCUGAAGAGAUAGCAUUGAAUAUGGCACCGGACUCUUUUGAUGACCGGUAUGUUGGUUGUACAGAAACAAUGGAGAAACUGGUGAACACAGAAUAUCUAAGGAAAGAAUUAGAAAAGUCUGGAGACUUUAGAAAUGCUUGGGAAGCUGGAAAAAAUCAAUUCAAAGCAGCAGCAGAUAACUUGAAAAGGAAUCAUUUAAUUGCUAUGUAUGUGUACACUUUGGAUACAGUAUAUGGAGACUUCAAUGCAGCAGUUCGUACUGGUAAAAAAAAAUACAAAGACAAGACAUUCAAAUGGUUUUCACUUCACUUUCUGUUAACAAAAGCACUACAGAUUCUGAAGAAAACACAAAAGAAGAGUUAUUCAACUAUUUAUCGUGGUACACGAUCUACAUUUAAGGGGGAAAGGGACAUGACAUUUCGUUUUGGCUCAUUUACAUCCUUUUCUCUUAAUAAAGUUGUAGCACAGGGAUUUGCAAGAAUUCCUGGAAAACAUUCUGGAACUGGAACUUGUUUUGAAAUCAGUGAUUAUAAAGGUGCUGAGGUGUCAAAAUAUUCUAGGUAUCCUGGUGAGAAAGAGGUGCUGAUUCCUCCUUAUGAGAUGUUUAAAGUCACUGAUGUCAGGACAAAUGAUUGGUGUAACACAGUGUUUGUGUUGAAAAGUGCUGGGGAAAAAAGUUACCUCAACUGUGCUCUAAUCAAAACAAAUAUUCUUUCAAAACUUUAUGGAUGAUGUGGCAAAGGCUAAAAUGUCUUUUAUUGUAUUUCUGCAAAUUAAAAUAAUAAAAACAAAAUGCUCUAAAAUAUUAUAUAACUAAUAACUUAAAAUUAAAUUAAACAUCCUACUUGACAGUGACUUGACAGGUUAUUUCUGAAAUUUUAUUUUUUUCUCUCUUAACACACUACUCCGUUUGUUGUAUCAUUAUCAUUAUCUGAGGAACAGAUAUCUUAAUGUUUUUCCUGUCAUCCUCAGCCUGUUCCUGUUGUCAAAUAAAUACAAAUGUGAGAAUAAAAGUGAGAGUGUUGCUUUUGUUUAUCAUUAUGUUACUCUGUCCUGAUGACUGAAAGGAAUUACUAUAGAA